AUGCGCAAGUGCUCGAUAUGCGGGCGUGACCAGGACUCCUCGGCCUUCUCCAAGUCGCAGUGGAAGAAGGGCACAGCAGCAAAGUGCCGGACGUGCCUGCCGACCACGAGCCCGUGCCUCCCGCUGCUGCUCCUGCUCCUGCUCCCGCUGCUCCUGCUCCUGCUCCUGCUCCCGCUGCUCCUGCUCCUGCUCCUGCUCCCGCUUCCGCCACUGCUCCCGCUGCUCCUGCUCCUGCUCCUGCUCCUGCUCCCGCUGCUCCCGCUGCUCCCGCUGCUACUCCGAUGUCCAGUGCCGGUGAGGACCGAGCUGACGAUGCCUGCUGAGCCCGAGGUCGAGACUGAGGACGGAGCUGAUACCGAUGAUGACGGAGCUGAUGAUAGUGCUGAUGACGGUGCUGAUAAUGCUGAUGCUGAGCCUGCUGAGCCCGAGGCCCAGUCUGACGUCGAUGCUGAUGCUGAUGCUGAGCCUGCUGAGCCUGCUGAGCAUGCUGAGCCCGAGGCCCAGUCUGACGCCGAUAUUGGUGCUGAGCCUGUUUCCGAGCCCGAGUCCAAGGUUGAUACUUAUGCUGAUGACAGCACUAGUGCCGAGCCUGAGCCCGAGGCGGAUACUGGCCUCGCCAAGCCUAACCAGACGGUCGUGUCGUCCACCGCCGACUCCACUCCUGUUGUCUCCACCUCGGGCUCUGCCGAACCCGAGGCUGAGCCCGAGUCGACCGAGUCGGCUGAGAACUCUUCUACUGGCGACGAUGCCGCUGGCGUCGCCCCGCACCCUCGCCGCCGCAAGCGCCACGUCCGUGUCCGCAAGAAGCGCAAGGCUAAGGGCAAGUCCGCUGCUGCUCCUGCAUCCGAACUCGAGCCCACUCCCACCCCCAAGACCAAGAGCAAGAGCAAGACCAAGGUCAGGGCCAAGGGCAAGGUCAAGGCCAAGACCAAGAGCAAGACCAAGGUGAAAACCAAGACCAAGACCAAGACCAAGACCAAGACCAAGACCAAGAGCCGCCCGCCUGCGCCCGCAUCCGCGCCCAACAAAGGCAAGGACGAGGACUCGCAGAGCUCUGCCGAUGAGGUCGUCGCUGCACCGCCGCCGCCGCCGCGCUCGGUCUCGGCCGCUGCGCAGUCGCCAGACGGCGACAGCGUGCCUGUUGUUCCGGGCGUCGCGCCCGAGCUGGUGCUCAAGUACAUGCAGACGCCGCUGGAUCUCACCCGCGAGGAGCACGUGGCCACAUUCCCGCAGUCGUGGGCCGCUGCUGCAUCGGCUGUCGGUGGUGGCAAGCUCCCGCGCUAUGCACUCCUCCCACACACGUAUACCUCGUUCUGGCGGCCGGCGCCGCCGGCGCCGCCGACGGCUACAGCGCAGGAAAAGGCGCGCGUCUUUGCGCUGCGUCCGACCAAGGGCGCAGCCACCCCGAAGGCGGCCAACACUCUCCGCCUCGCCACCUACAACGUGCUUGCGUCCGACUACGGUGGCGCCGUCCGCGUCGGUGCCGUUUGUGACGUCCUCUGUGACAUGGUCGACGCCACCGACGUCGUUGCCCUCCAGGGCGUGACCAAGGCCAUGCUCGCCGGCCUCCUCGCCCGCCCACGGCUGCAGGACGCGUACUUUGUGUCGGACAUCGACGGCUCGACCGUCGUCGGUACGCCCGGCGGCGGACUUGUUCUCUUCUCCAAGUACCCGCUGCAGAAGAUGGUCCUCCACACUCUGCCCGCCAACGGCCGCCUCCUCCUCGCCACGCUUGUCCUCAACUCGCGCAAGUUUGCCGUCGCCAACCUCCAUCUCCCGUCGUCUGUCGCCGCCGAAGUCGAUGCUGGCCUCUACGCCGCCUUUACCAAGCUCAUCCCCUUCCACGACGCCCUCGUUGCCGCAGCCUUUUCCCCCGCCGCCGACCCGGCCGCCCUUCCGUUCACCUACGGUGACGUGUGGAAGCUGCUGGCAACCGACGACCCGGGCUUCACCUACAACCCGGCGUCCAACGCCAUGGCCGCCCAUCUUGCUUCCGAGGACGCAUCGUCACCACCGCCCGCUUCCCGUCCAGACAGGCUGCUCUUCCGCUCCGCUGGCGGCCUGUGGACGCCGGUCGCCGGAGGCCUCGUCGGCACCGUCCCCGUCCCCGAGUACGCCCAUCUCCUGCCCUCGACCCACUACGCGCUCCACGCCACUUUUGCCACCACCGACCCGGCCGUCGACGACCUCGUCGCCAAGGCCCGCAAAAAGGCCAACGCCGGCGGAUGCUCGGUGAUGUGAAGUAAAGCUCUCUAGCUA